AUGCUUGUCAGCCUCCACCCUUCUCCCUCCCAUCUUCAGGACAAGCACUUGGUCUCCCCUGCUUCCUCCCACCAUCCUCCUCCUCCUCUUCUGCCUGCGGACCAGUCACCUCAUCAUCCUUGCCCUCGGCCUCGGCUGACCCUGCCCUUCCUCUCCUUGUCCUUCUCCCUGCUCAUCCUCUCCAUCUUUCUCCUGCCCGUUUGCGAGUCCCGCAGGGGUGGAGGUCAAGGAACGGGGCCUGGAGGUGCCCCAGGGGGUCAAGGAGGCCAGAGAGGCGGCAGCACCCAGAGGGGCGUUGUCAUCCCUCCUCAGUACUCUCCCGGCUCACCGGCGCUACCACCUAUCAAUCCCAAACUGAUCAACUCCCUCAGUAUCGCUGUCAUCCUGGUGGGCAACUCUAGUGAAGUGGCACUGGGGGCUGGGCUCGAAAAAGAGGACUUCCUCCACAUCCCUUACCCUCCCAAAGUCGAGGUGGUCACCAUGAACGAGACUGACCCGAAGAGCAUCAUCAAUCGGAUCUGCGGACAAAUGACGAGGAACUCUCUGCAAGGCGUAGUGUUUGGUGACGACACGGACCAGGAGGCCAUCGCUCAGAUCUUGGACUUCAUCUCUGCCCAGACGCACAUCCCCAUCCUGGGCAUCAGAGGAGGCUCCUCCAUGGUCAUGGCAGCCAAGGACGACCACUCUAUGUUUUUCCAGUUUGGUCCAUCCAUCGAGCAGCAGGCCUCCGUCAUGUUGAACAUUAUGGAGGAAUACGAUUGGUACAUCUUCUCCAUAGUCACCAGUUACUACCCUGGGUACCAGGACUUUGUCAACAAGGUCCGCAGCACUAUUGAGAACAGCUUUGUAGGCUGGGAGCUGGAAGAAGUCCUCCUACUGGACAUGUCAGUGGAUGACGGCGACUCCAAGAUCCAGAACCAGCUGAAGAAACUGCAGAGUCCUGUCAUUCUCCUCUACUGCACAAAGGAGGAGGCCAGCACUAUUUUUGAGGUGGCUCAUUCUGUGGGCCUCACAGGUUACGGCUUCACCUGGAUUGUGCCGUCGCUGGUGGCCGGUGAUGCGGACCACGUUCCCGCUGUCUUCCCUACAGGGCUUAUCUCUGUGUCAUAUGACGAAUGGGACUACAACAUCGAGGCCAGGGUACGUGAUGCAGUGGCUGUCAUCGCCACGGCAACCUCCACCAUGAUGUUGGACCGGGGGCCACACACCCUACUGAAGUCGAGCUGCCUCGGGACGCCUGACAAAAAGAGCUCGAGCACUGGCCACUCCAAGGAAAUACUGAAGUACCUCAUGAAUGUGACAUUUGAAGGUCGAAACCUGUCAUUUAGUGAAGAAGGCCACCAGAUGUUCCCUAAGCUGGUCAUCAUUCUCCUGGACAAAGACAGACAAUGGGACAGGGUUGGCAAGUGGGAGAGAGGCUCUUUGACGAUGAGGUACCAUGUGUGGCCUCGCUUCGAGCUGUACUCUGCGGCAGAGGAGCGGGAGGACCACCUGUCCAUCGUGACUCUGGAAGAGGCGCCAUUUGUCAUUGUGGAGGACGUGGACCCGCUCAGUGGUACCUGCAUGAGGAACACUGUGCCGUGCCGCAAACAGCUCAAACUCACCAACCAAACGGGUGAUUCAGGGAUUUAUAUCAAGCGCUGCUGCAAAGGUUUCUGUAUCGACAUCCUAAAGAAAAUUGCCAAGACAGUCAAGUUCACUUACGACCUCUACCUGGUGACCAACGGCAAACACGGCAAGAAGGUCAAUGGGACAUGGAACGGUAUGGUUGGAGAGGUGGUGUUGAAGAAUGCCCACAUGGCAGUGGGUUCGCUCACCAUCAACGAGGAGAGGUCGGAGGUCAUCGACUUCUCCGUGCCGUUCAUCGAGACGGGGAUUAGUGUCAUGGUCUCCCGUAGCAACGGAACCGUCUCCCCCUCCGCCUUUCUAGAGCCCUUUAGCGCUGACGUCUGGGUGAUGAUGUUUGUGAUGCUGCUGAUUGUGUCGGCUGUGGCUGUGUUUGUGUUUGAGUACUUCAGCCCGGUGGGUUACAAUCGCUGUCUGGCAGACGGGCGAGAGCCCGGCGGUCCCUCCUUCACCAUCGGUAAGGCCAUCUGGCUGCUGUGGGGUCUGGUUUUCAACAACUCUGUGCCUGUGCAGAAUCCCAAAGGUACCACCAGUAAGAUCAUGGUGUCAGUGUGGGCUUUCUUUGCUGUCAUCUUCCUGGCCUCCUACACUGCCAACCUGGCUGCCUUCAUGAUCCAGGAGGAGUAUGUCGACCAGGUGUCGGGGCUGUCAGACAAAAAGUUCCAGAAGCCAAACGAAUUCUCGCCACCUUUCCGGUUUGGCACAGUGCCCAAUGGGAGUACAGAACGCAACAUCCGCAACAACUACCGGGACAUGCAUGCCUACAUGACCAGCUUCCACCAGAAGAAUGUAGAUGAAGCCUUGUACAGUCUGAAGACUGGCAAACUGGAUGCCUUCAUCUACGACGCUGCUGUGUUAAACUACAUGGCCGGAAGAGACGAGGGCUGUAAGCUGGUCACCAUCGGCAGUGGUAAAGUGUUUGCCUCCACCGGUUACGGCAUCGCAAUCCAGAAAGACUCCGGCUGGAAACGAGCUGUGGAUCUGGCCAUCCUCAUGCUGUUUGGAGAUGGAGAGAUGGAGGAAUUGGAGGCCCUGUGGCUGACAGGCAUCUGCCACAAUGAGAAGAACGAGGUGAUGAGCAGCCAGCUGGACGUGGACAACAUGGCGGGAGUCUUCUACAUGCUCGGGGCUGCCAUGGUUCUGUCAUUCAUCACCUUCAUCUGCGAACAUUUGUUCUACUGGCAGCUGCGCUUCUGCUUCAUGGGCGUGUGCUCCGGAAAGCCCGGUUUCACCUUCUCCAUUAGCAGAGGUAUCUACAGCUGCAUCCACGGGGUACAAAUUGAGGAAAACAAGUCAACCAUAGACUCACCCUCGUCCACCAUGAAGAAGAACAUGAACAACACCCAUUCCAACAUCCUGCGGUUGCUCCGCACCGCCAAGGACAUGACCGCCGUCCCUGGUAUUAACGGCUCUCCACACGCCGCCCUGGAGUACAGCCACAGUCGGCCCGAGUCGGCCAUCUAUGAUAUCCAGGAACAUCGGCGCAGCCUGGUUGGUCACCCUGUAGACUGUAAGUCUGCGCCGCCAUACAUGCCAGAGGAUAACAUGUUCAGUGACUACAUCAGCGAGGUGGAGAGGACUUUUGGCAACUUGCCCCUGAAGGACAGCAACCUGUACCAGGACCAUUACCGGCACCACCACCCGGCCUCGGCUCUGGGUAUGUCCGGCCCCCCGCCAAAUAGGCCGCGUAGCUUAGGCAGCGCUAGCUCGUUGGAGGGGGGCAUGUUCGAUUGCGACAGUUUAGGGGGAGGGGUAGCUCCCAUCUUCACCACCCAGCCCCGUCCCUCCAUGACUCACAGGAACACCAGUAAAUUUGACCUGAUCGCUGGCCACACCCCUACGGAGCCCAACCAGGGUGGGUUCAAGGGAAGCAAUGUGUACGGCAGGUUUUCUUUCAAAGGAGGCGCAUCAAGCACGGGGCUCAUCGGGGGGCAUGACAGGUACUGUGGUGGGGGCGGGGCAGGCUCGGGAGGUGACGAUGGGAACAUUCGUUCUGAUGUGUCGGAUAUUUCAACGCACACUGUCACCUACGGGAACCUGGAGGGCAACAACAAGCGGCGUAAGCAGUACAGGGACAGCCUGAAAAAGAGGCCGGCGUCUGCGAAGUGCAGACGGGAGCAGGACGAGAUAGAGCUGAGCGGCUUCAGGAGGAGACCCCACCACCACACCGUCCACCACCACUUCCCCCACGGACCCCUGGCACACCGCACGGUCUCACCUCCCCUGGAGCGGAAGAGGGGAGGAGGAGGGGGUAAUUCUUCACCUUACCUAUUCCGCAAAGACAAGGAGAACCUGAGGGAUUUCUAUGCGGACCAGUUUCGCUCCAAGGAGGGCAAGGCCAAGUGGGAGCAAGAGGGUGGAAGUGGAGGAAGCGGAGUGGGCGGUGGUAGUGGUGGUGGUAUCUGUAAAAGCUUAGUGCCUGUGGAAGACUUCCUCAAAGGUAAAGGAAAGAAACCAGAGUGUAAAAGUGGGCUUGGGGCAGUAUCAGCAGGGCAGCAGGCCCACACCUGCUGGGAAAAGGGGGUUUCUGGGAUUGGAGGGGGAGGCAUAGCAGGGGGCGACUGGGAGUGUCGUAACUGCCACAGUGUGUGUCACCAUAGCGGAGGUGUAGGAGGAGGUAGUACAUGUCCAGCUAGCGGAGUCGGGGGGAGCGGCAGUCGCCCCAGCUCAGCUACAUGCAAACGCUGUGACUCCUGUAAGAUGCAGCCAAGCAACCUUUACAACAUCAGCGAGGAUAAUAACAUGGUGUUCACAGGAGGGAAGAGUGGCGCAGGACCCAGUCAGACACAAACUCAGGCACAGCGCAGGAAGCUAGGGCCGGGUGGGAGGGUGUUACGGAGACAGCACUCAUAUGACACAUUUGUGGACCUGCAGAGGGAGGGUGCAGGCCGCAUGGGAGGAGUGGGUGGGGGCACUGGGGGGCAGUUUCCCCAGCCCCGGAGUGUGAGUUUGAAAGACAAAGACCGCUACAUGGAGGGCCCCAGCCCUUACGCUCACAUGUUUGAGAGGUAUUCAGGUGACAGAGAUUCUCCCAUGUUUGGAGGAAUAGGCGGGGAUAGGGCGAAAGGAGGCUCCUCCUUCAGUUUGUUCCGUGGAGGCGAAGGUGGGUUGCACCGGCGGUCGGUGGGGGAGAGAGACCUGAGGGACAGAGAUAGAGCUAUGAUGGGAGGUGGGGGCUGUGGUGGUGGUGGUGGUGGUGGUAGCAGAGGGGCCGGGACUUACUCCUUGUCUAAAUCUCUCUACCCAGAUAAGGUGAACCAGAACCCCUUCAUCCCAACCUUCGGCGACGACCAGUGUCUAUUACACGGUGCCAAACCGUACUACAUCAAAAAGCCACAGACGCAGCAACAGCAGCAGCAGCAGCAACUUCUCAACAACAGCCGAGGAGGAGGGGACUUCCGCGGCUCCAUGGGAGCGACUUCCUAUUUGCCCGCGUCCGCCACUGCUGGGGUGAUGUCCAAUGUGGCCCCCAGGUUCCCCAAAGAGCUGUGUCUGGGCGGGGUGGGAGGGCCCAUGGGGAACCACCACGGGGGCAACAAGCUAUUGCCUGGGGGCAGGGACACAUUAGGUUUGGGGCAGGGACAGAGACCCUUCAACGGUGCCAGCAAUGGACAUGUUUACGAAAAGCUCUCCAGCAUUGAGUCAGAUGUCUGA